AUGGCGUCCGGGGCGACAGGUAACCCUAUAAAUGGGGGAGGUGCUUUCUCAACAGGCACUCCCACCACUACUAAUUCUCAACUUUUAAACAACCACAACAACCUAACUCCUCCUCGCACUCCUUCCCCAACAGUCGAGGAGCCCACCUCACCUACAGUGGAUGACCCUACUAUCCUACCUAACACUAACACUUCUAAUCCAUUAAAUCAAGAGCACAGACAGUGCAUCCUCAAUAUGUCAGAGCUUGGUGAUUCCGUUCUCCGCCCGCCGGUUCGCACCACUUUUGACAUCAUCCGCUCUCUCCUCCAGAACCUCGCGUUUAUCUUCUCUUACGGUAUCACUCGCGUUUACGUCGUCAUCUGCGCAUCUCUUUCGGUUGUCUCUCUCAAGGCUUUCAUGAUGUUUUUCAUCGUAUCCAUCGUGACCUUCCUUUUCUUCUUCGUCCCGUACCGUCACCGUGCCAUCGUCUCUCGUCGCAAGGACCCUAAGAAACUAUGGCCGCGCAAGAAGCCUACUAACAUGCCGUUCUACGUGGUCCUCGUCUGCGGCUCCGGCGGUCACACCACCGAGAUGAUCAAGAUGGUCGAGCGCAGCAUCCGAUCUGAAGGCCCGUACUCGCACCGCCGCUGGGCUGUUGGAUAUGGUGAUGACCUAAGCUACAAGAAGGUAAUGGACUUCGAGCGCCACUUGGACAACCGCUUCACCAAGCGCAACCUGCAGGCCGGCACCUACGACAUCAUGUUCUUCCACCGCAGCCGCGCCGUGCACCAGAGCUGGUGGACGACUCUCUUCACCGCGUACGACUGCAGCCUCGACGUCUUUGACAUCCUGACCGCCCCGCCCCCCAACCCCGCCAUCUCCGAGUAUAAGUUGCCCGGCGUGAUCGUGACGGAUGGCCCCGGUACCGGUUUCAUGUUCCUUCUAAACGCUUACAUAUUGAAGUUCUUCGGUCUGGCGCACGAAGACUCCAUGAAGGGCGUGUUCGUGGAGAGCUGGGCUCGAGUUAACUCCUUGAGCUUCUCGGGCAAGCUGAUCAAGUGGCUCCAGUUGGCCGAUGUGUUUAUUGUACAGCAUCGUCCGCUCCGCAAACGUAAUCCCCGCCAUACAUAUACUGGCAACAUGGUCGUGAUGCCGACUAUUCCUAGUGUGCCUACCGAAUAA